ACGAAGUUAAUUUUUGCCGUCGCAGGUAUCUAGUGGUGCCAGCGUCAACAGUUGUUUUAUUGAAAUUCAUGUUUUUUAAGAAAAAACUAAAAAUUAUUAAAAUAUUCCAUUGCAAAUAUAAAAACUUAAGAAUAUCAAUAAAAACCAUUAAAGUAUAAUAUUGAAAUAUUUCGUGGCAUUAGAAAACUACAAAAACCAAACAAAUUUGCAACAGCAAAAAAAUGUAAACAAAAGUAGAAAAGUGUCUCGGAAAAUUACCCACUUCGCUGAAGAAUUAUAAAAAUAAAUAAGUAGAUAAAUAAUAAUAAAUUUACAAUAACAAAAACAAAUGUAAAAUCAUUAAACAGACCGACCAACAGACAGACUGUGUUACUAACGUCUAUAGAACAAUAAUAACAAAAGGGUUACAACAUACACUUAUGUGGUUAAAACGAAAGAUAAUAACUUUACAAAUUUAUAUAAACAAUUAGAUUUGGUAAAAAAAAUGUCUCAUGUACGUUAUGAUAAUCAUAAAUAUGCCCGCCUUAAUAAUCAAGAAAUUAAAACUCAACGAUCCUAUUCAGAGGAUGAAAAUGAAGAAAUCGAUUUGAGCGGCACAGAGCAACGUUUUAGAUAUUCUGCAGAUUCAGACGACAACGAUGAUGUGACAACAAACAAAGGACAAUCACAGAAUGGUGGUGGUUACUUAGGUCAUCAUGAUUACGAUGAUGUAUUGGAUGGUGGUAGUGGAAGACAUGCAAAUGAUAAUGAUGGCAACGGCAUGCAUAAUGGCAGUACCACAGUUACCCUAAGAGAUCGUCUCAAUGAUUCGCGUCUUAUGCAAAUGGCUAUAUGUUCUUUACUAACCAUACUGCUAUAUUUGCUAUUAUCGAUAUGUUUGACAUUUUACCAGAAGGCUUUAAUUAAGGAAUUAAAUUUCCCAUUGACUAUAGUUAGUUAUCAUUUGGUGCUAAAGUUUAUAAUGGCUUCCAGUGCUCGAGGUAUUUAUAAAGCUGUGGUGGGUAAAUCAAGGAUACAAUUAGAUUGUCGUACAUCAGUAAGAAAAAUGGCUCCCACUGGUUUGGCAAGUGGUAUUGAUAUUGGAUUUUCAAAUUGGGCUUUAGCAUUGGUAUCCGUUUCACUGUAUACCAUGACGAAAUCAUCGACAAUUGUAUUCAUAUUGAUAUUUGCCAUUUUAUUGGGAUUGGAGAAAAAGAGUUGGUCCCUGGUAUUCAUUGUCGGCUUAAUCGCAGUGGGUCUCUUUAUGUUUACUUAUAAAUCAACACAAUUCGAUACCUUGGGCUUUAUAUUUAUAUUGGUGGCCUCCUUAUGUGGUGGCAUACGUUGGAGUUUAGCACAGUUUGUAAUGCAAAAAUCUAAAUUAGGUCUACACAACCCCAUUGAUAUGAUAUAUCACAUGCAACCUUGGAUGAUAGCAGCUCUAUUACCCUUCGUUAUAAUAUUUGAAGGCAAAGGUUUGGUAAAAAUUCUAGAAAAUAUGAGCAAUUAUCCCGACAGUACCAUCUAUAUGAUUUUAUUGAAAAUAUCUGCCGGGGCUACAUUGGCAUUUUUCAUGGAAGUUAGUGAAUUUAUGGUAUUAUCGAAAACUUCCAGUUUAACCCUCUCUAUUGCCGGUAUAUUUAAGGAUAUUUUCCAAUUAGUUUUGGCUGUGGAAUACAAUGGUGAUCAAUUAAGUUUAAUAAAUGCCUUAGGUUUAGUUGUUUGUUUAGCCGGCAUUUGUUGUCAUGUCGUUCAUAAAUAUUCAACAUUAACUAAGUUACAAGAACUACAGUCGUACGACGAAUCUUCAGAUUUGCAUUUAAAUGAAGCUUCUUUAAAUGGUAGCGGUGUUGCUGGUGGUGCCGGUGCUCAUUCAUCAAAUGCUAUAAAUUCCUCAAAUAUGAAUGAUUAUGCUUUUACAACAACGAAAAAACAUUCCUCAUUAACUGUUCCUUUAUUAGAAGAAACCGAUUCGGAUGAUGAUGAGGAUACAUCACCCAACGGUAAUAAAGAUAACUCUUCAGAUGUUAUAUUUGAUAUACUUAAACGUCGUGAUAUGCAACGAUGAGUAAGAAAAGUAUGUAUGUAAAUAUUAUACCCCCCAAAAAAAUAUCAACAUGUACUAUACUAUAUAUAAUAUUAUUGACUUUGCUAACACAAUUAACUACUUAUUAUAUUAAAGAAACGUAAUUAUAUUUUUAUUUGUAAUUUGUGUUAUUAAAGCUUUGCGGCUAAAAACGUAUAGAGGGAGUAAGAAAGGAGAAUAUUGCUUUUAACUGUUGAUACUUGAUUCUGUUUUGUGGUUUAACUAACUUUCAUGUAAUAUUGGUAUUUUUUUAAAGAAAAAUGCAUUUUUACUGCUUCAGCAAAACAUUUUUUUAAUGAAAACGAUUUUAUUCUUUCUUAGAGCUUUUUUACUAUUUUAGUGAAAAAGUUUUGCUUUCUGUUGCGUUUCUAAAAACACCUUCAUUUACUCUUUAUUCAAUAAAGUGUUUUACAGUUUCAGUGUAGAGCUUUUUUUACUGUUUGAAUCGAAAAAGCUUUUUAAUUUAAACUUGUAUAAAAUGUGCUUUAGUGAAAAAAGUUUUUCCAUUUUAAUGAAAAAGCUUUUCUACUUUUUUUUAGUAAAUUCCGAUUUUUUUACUUUUUUAAUGUUUCAUUCCAAAAAGCUUUACAUAGGUUUUAUAAUAAAAGCUCUUUUUUAGUGGAAACAUUUUUUAACUCUUUAAUCAAAGUUAUUUUUAUUUGAAUGAAAAGCUGUAAAAAGCUAUCUAUACUUUUUUAUUUUAUUAUUUUAUGAAAAGCCUUUUUGUUGUCAUUAAAGCUUGAUUACUAAAUCAGUGUAAAAUCUUUUCUACUUAAACGGAAAAAGAUUUUCUGUUCUGUUAAGUUCAUUAAAGAAAGCUUUUUUAAUAAAAAAAGUGAAAGCUUUUCUAAAUUGUUUCAGUAUAAAGAGCUGUUCCACUAUUCAGUCCUUCAGUAAAAAUAGCUUUUUCAGUUUUAGUGAAAACAUAUCUUCAUACACUGUUUCAAUGGAAAAAGCUUUUUUAAGUAAAAAAUAGAUUUUUUACAGUUUUAGUGAAAACAUAACUUUUUACCGUUUUUACUGCUUCAGUGGAAUAAGCAUUUUUAUUUCAAUAUAAAAAGCUUUUUUACUUUUCAUUAGUAUUUUUCGAGGAUUCUUACAGCUUUUCUAUAUUAGCUUAUUUACUGUUUUAGCAAGAAAAGCUUUUUUAUUGUUUCAGUAUAAAGAGCUUUUUUGAUGUUUCAAUAAAAAACAAACUUUUAUGAAAAAGCUUUUUUCCUCUUUUGCUUUAACUUUCUAUUUUAGUUUUUUAUUUUAAUAAGGAGGCGUAAAAAGU